UUACAGUCUCCUCAGUACACUGAAGUUCUGCGCUUGAGCCUUGUUCAGUCCCCUUAUCCAAACGCAACACGAUUCUGAUCAGAGAGAGGAGAGACUUUCAUGCCUUCUUUUAUCACACAAUAAAACUCUGUAUCCUCUUAGUAUCACAAAAUGUUAUCUUCAAUGGCGCUUCAAUCUAGUAUCAAUGCUACUCUAACCACCCGCUCUUCAUUUUUUUCUCACAAGCCCAGUCUCAAAUCAUUCAAAACUUCCAUUCACAUUAACUCCAAUCCCAGUUCAAGAAACCAAAGACUCUGUACUACUUUAGCCACCUCAGAAACCCUCACGGCUGAAACAUCCACAGACACUAUCUCCUCAACCCCAGUAGAAAUCGAGAAAGCUAAGGUGUCGGUGAAGCAAAAGGCGAAACCAAGGCUUGUGUUGAAGUUCAUAUGGAUGGAGAAGAACAUUGGUCUUGCUCUUGAUCAAUCGAUACCCGGUCAUGGCACCAUACCUUUAAGUCCAUAUUUCUUUUGGCCAAGAAAAGAUGCAUGGGAAGAGCUGAAGGCCACUCUAGAGAGCAAACAAUGGAUAUCCCAGAAGCAGAUGAUUAUACUUCUUAAUCAGGCCACUGAUGUCAUCAAUUUAUGGCAGCAAAGUGGUGGCUCAUGUUCUUCAUGUUCAAGAAGAGAAAGUAGGCGAUUAAGCCAGCCACAGGCAAAAUUCUAUGAUAAUUCACUAUACCUACCUCGUCUGCCUGAAGAUUUUGCAGGUUGUCAUCUAUCAACCAAGGCUGGAAAAUUAUGUAAAGAUAUAUAUCCCACAUGAAGGCAUAAGCCAACCUUCCUGAUCCAAAACGGCUAACCAGGAAGUCCCAUCUGUCUAUUAUGCUCCCCAAAUUUCCAUCCAUUCGACCAUACAAGGCCCAAAGGUCAAGGAGCAUAGUUGAGAGCUUUUUCUUUGAAUGUUUUGGCAUCAGCCUCAUUCAGCCGGAUGACCAUCUCAGGGAUAAAUAAUACUGGCAUCAAAAUAUACAUGAUUGAUACUUAAGUGAA